CUACCCAAAUGUGUGUGUGUGUUUGUGUGCCAAAGAUUCAAUUUGUACUCAACAUCAUUCCAGAUCAAUUGUUCAGAAUAAAAAACAACCGAAAUUAAACAAUGUUUCAACAUGGUCUCAUGAUAUUAAAUUAUGGUCCAAAAACGACCAAAUCAUUGCUCACCCAUGUCGGUUCAUACAUACGAUUAGCAAGUAAUAAAAUUUCCAAAACAUUGUAUGUAUCAUUGGAAACGAACGAUAAUAAUAAUGUUGUUGAUUAUCGUAAUGAUGAUAUGCAAAAAAUUGUACCAGCCAUCUAUGUUGAAGCACAUCGACGUGCACCAUUGCUUGAUGUUCGUGUUCUUCAUCAUAGUUAUUAUCAUUGUAAAAAUGGUAUAAUGUCCACAAAACGAUCGCUACAAUUUCGACCACAAAUACUAUUUACUAAUGAACAAUGGAAAGAUGAUUUACUUCAACAAUAUCUUAGCAGAUUAAAUCUAACUGAUGAUCAUACAAAUAUGGCAAUCGUUUCAUUAUCAGCUGAUCAAUCAUCGGAUCCAAUCAAUCAUGAAUCAUCAUCCAAUAUUUCUAAUCAAAUUUAUGAUAAUGUUUGUAUCGGUGGUACAUUUGAUAAUCUUCAUAAUGGACAUAAAAUAUUGUUGUCAACAGCUCAAUUAAAAUGUAAUCAAUCAUUAACGAUAGGUGUGACAAAUGAACAGAUGCUCAAGACAAAAACAUUACGUGAAUUAAUUGAAACCAGUGAAAAACGUAUACAAUCAUUGAAUGAAUAUCUGAAUGAUGUUGAUCCAUUUAUUCAUUAUAAUGUCUGUGAAAUUUCCGAUCCAUUUGGACCAGCCAUAGUGGAUCCAACAUUAGAGGCAAUAAUUGUUAGUGAAGAAACUAUUCGUGGUGGUGAAAAAAUUAAUGAAAUACGUAAAUCCAAAGGAAUGAAACCAUUGAAAAUUGAUGUGAUAAAAUUGUUACAAGAUGAUCAUAAAGAAAGUUUGAUUGAAGAGAAUAAAGUUUCUUCAUCAUCAUUACGUAUACGUAAAUUGGGUACAUUGCUCAAACUGCCGGAACCACGACCAAAUCUGCCCGAUAAACCAUAUCUAAUAGGCUUGACCGGUAUGAUUGCCAGUGGAAAAUCAUCUAUUGCGAAAAAAUUGGAAAAAUUAGGUGCCGGUAUAAUCAAUGUCGAUAUGUUGGCUCAUAAAACAUAUCAAAAUUCUGAUACGCCAACCUAUAAGAAAAUUGUCGAAACAUUUGGCAACGAUAUUCUCGAUAAUAAUGGUCAAAUCGUACGGCCAAAAUUAGGACAAAUCGUAUUCAAUGAUGAAGCCAAAUUAAAAUUGCUCAAUAGUUUUGUAUGGCCCGAAGUAAGGCGAUUAUUACAAUUGGAAAUUGAUCAAAUGAAAAUCAAAUAUCGUGUAAUAGUGUUGGAAAUUGCAUUAUUAAUUGAAAAUAAUCGAAUGGAUCAAGUACAUCAGGUAUGGUUAACAAUAUUGGACCAAAAAGAAGUCAUAAAACGAUUGAUGGACCGUAAUCAGCUCAAUGAAUCGGAUGCAAUGAAACGAAUUGAAAAAUUAAUGCCAUGUAGUGAAAAAAUUCCAUAUGCAAAUGUUGUAUUCUGUACACAAUGGGAAGAAGAAUUCACUAUGGAACAAGUGAAACGUGCAUGGAAAAUGUUGAAUGAACAAUUUGUUAAAUGAUUUUUUUAAUGUGCAAUACACAAUAAAUGAGGUGAAAUUUUUUUUUUUUUGUAACUUUUGUUUUCUUUUA